AUGGCAGUUCUCUUGCUGAUGCUUUCUAUACCAAAGGCUUCUUCAUAUGAAAGUUAUAGCUCCUACAACUCGCGCAUAGACUGUGGAGCAUCCACUCAAACCCCAGCAACCGAUAAUAGCGACAUAACCUGGCAAACCGACGAAGGGUUAAUUAAAACCGGAAAGAACAAAGUCCUCCCCACCAGCCAAACUCACUUUCAGAUGAAUACGCUACGCUACUUCCACAAAGGCCACAAAAACUGUUAUACAUUAUACUUUUAUGACGCGUAUGAGAAGUACCUCUUUCGAGCGGGCUUUUACUAUGGCAACUAUGAUGGCCUCUCAAAUCCGCCAAGGUUUCGUCUAGAGAUAGAUGGGACCUUGUGGGCAAAAGUAACGACUUCCAUAAAUGAAGAGAUGGUCUAUUGUGAACUGCUUUACAUAACCAAGAAGUCGCAAGCUAGGGUGUGCUUGAUUCGUACCAUGGACAAUAAUGUUCCCUUCAUUUCUUCUCUUGAAGCUUAUAAAAUUUAUGAUGCUUAUAAUUGGAUGGACAACACCACAGCUUUGUACCUUCAUAGCGGGAUCAACUACGGCGCAAAUGCAAGUGUUGAGCAGAAUAUAGAUUUCCGUGCAGAACCCUACAAUCGGAUUUGGAAAUCCAAAGAAAUGUCCAAUUAUCUCAGCAUUCAGGCCGACAGCAUAUAUCAAAUUUAUUCAUUUGCAGAAAAUAUGCCACCAUGGCCAGUAAUAGGAUAUGCGAUCCAAGCACCAAGUCUAACAGACUCUAUAUAUUUGUCCAUUGAUUUUUCCCCUCGAACAGCAGUACAAGCCUACUUUGUGCUCUAUUUCUUGGACCCUGUUUCUCGGUUGGCACAAAAUCAAACUAGCAGUGUUGAAAUCUAUAUAGACAACAACAAAAUGGCUGUUACUGAUAUUCCUAAUAUUGACAUUUUGGAUGAAGAAUGCCGUGUGGUAACGCUGUUUUCUGUGCCGGUCAAUGGUUCAGCCAAUGUGACUAUUUCUCCGGCAGAGGGCUCGACUUUGGCACCCCUCCUGAACGCCAUGGAAGUGUUUUCUGCAAUUGAUGUGUCUGAGGGUGGACAUUUGUUCAAUUUCUCAUUACACCACUUCAUCACCUCCACCACCGCCGACACCUUCCUCACAACAUCGGAGCCCCUCGCCGCCAGGAUCCAGGCAGUCGUCUGGCGGAGCAGUUUUCAGUCUAUUCCUUCGCCGCCGCUGGCACAGGCGGAGGCAGAUUUCGAUGGCGCAGAGAAGAGGGAAAGUGGUGCAGAGGAACGUGAGGAGGAGAGGCGAGCAGAGAGCAAGGAAGAGGCACCGUUUGCGGCAACUCCUUGGCCAAGACGUUAG